AUGCUGAUGGACCCUCCUGUUAUGCAAGUGGAUUGCAAGUUGAAAAAUGAUGUGGAUAAAACAUCAUCAAUUGCCUAUGAUAGGAAGCUGACCAUCUCACAUGAUGAUUAUGGGUGGGCAGGCUCUGAUAUCCACCCAAAAGAUGAUACAAUAGUAUGUAACCCUGUCAAGGUUAGCGAUGCUUGUCAAACAGGCAUAGAUGAGGUAUUAGAUGCUGCUUUCGAAAAUUCACCUCUUAACUUGGGUGAUUUACCUCAGGGGACAGAACUAAGAAAGAAGAAUAACGACAGUUCUUGCUCCGAUGUAAAACUUCAGUUGAAUUCAAGUGCUGGAAAUAAUAAUGGCUUGCAAACUGAUGACAACUUUAAUAAACAGAAUUUUGGUAAGAAGGAUAUGCAUCAUCCUCAGGAAGAGAUACAUCCUUCUCCCAAUACAGUGUCAUUACCAAGUUCAUGCAGAAUCAAUGGAGAUGCCACACCUUCUGAAGAGGAGAAAAUAGCAGAGGAUCAUGUCAAAGUGGAUGGAAAUGUAGAUGCUGUAAGUAAGGAAGUCGGAACUGACUUGGUAGGAUGCCAUGCACGGCAGAAAGAAUUGCAGUGUACGCUCCAAGAUCUAUCAGAAAUAGCCUGCAGUAUUGAUUUAGUACGUAAUAAAUCUUCUCCACAAGAAGAGAAGAAGAAGCCUGUUUCCCCUUUAAAUGAUAUGGGCCAUAAUGUUGAUAACAAUAGUUGUAAUGGUGAUACCAAUUAUAAAGGGGAGGAGUUCAAUAUGGGGAAUGCUGGAGAUGAGGAUCACGCUGUAGCACUUUGGGUGAAGUGGAGAGGAAAAUGGCAAACUGGAAUUCGAUGCUGUAGAGUAGAUUGUCCUUUACCUACUCUAAGGGCAAAACCAACACAUGACAGGAAGACCUAUAUUGUCGUUUUCUUCCCACGAACAAAAACUUAUUCUUGGGUAGACAUGCUACUUGUUCUUCCAAUAGAGGAAUGUCCUUUGCCACUUGUGAAUGGAACUCAUCGUAAAUGGAGAAAGCUGGUGAAGGAUUUGAACAUUCCUCGACGAUUCAACAUGCAGAAUCUUGCCGUUUUUGUGAUAAAUUUAAUUGAUGAGCUUCAUAUUGAGGCUGUAGUUGAUAAUGCUCGGAAGGCUACAACAUGGAAAGAAUUUGCCCUGGAAGCGUCUUGCUGUAGAGAUUACACUGAUCUUGGGAAGAUGCUCCUCAAAUUUCAAAAUAUGAUUCUUCCUGACUACAUAAGCUGUGAAUGGCUACAAAAUUCUUUUGAGAUGUGGAACCAAAAGUGUAUGAAUGCACAUGAUGCUGAGACUAUUGAAAUGCUUUGUGAGGAACUUCGACAGUCCAUUCUUGGGAACAAGCUUAAGGAAUUGCGGAAUGCAUCAGUGCAGCCUGAAUUAGUCCCUGAGUGGAAGACAUGGAAACAAGAAUUGAUGAAACAGUACUUUUCAUUGCAUCCUGCUGGUAAUGUUGGCAACUUCGAGAAAACCAAUUGUUACGAUGAUCCAGCUUUAGAUCAACAAGGUAGUAGAAAGCGUCCAAAGCUUGAGGUCCGAAGAGGGGAGAUACAAAUUUCACACAUGGGUGAAGCUGACUACAGGACUCCAACCGAAGACCCAAACCAAAAUAACCUUCCUAGUAACUCUGUCAUGCAUGAAAAUGUAGGGGCAUUAGGAGCAACAAAUCAAAAUAAUGCUGUCACAUUACCUGGAAGUUCUGGCACCAACGAGAACACAAUAUCCAGUAGUGCCAAUGCAGCUUUACAGAAUGCUAGACUUGAUUUAGAUUCAUUCAAGAGUUCUCGGCAGUGUUCUGCGUACAUUGAAGCAAAGGGAAGGCAGUGUGGUAGGUGGGCAAAUGAUGGUGAUAUUUACUGUUGCGUGCAUCAAAGUAUGCAUUUUCUUGACCAUUCUUCAAGGGAGGACAAGGCACUUACCAUUGAAGCUCCAUUGUGCAGUGGUAUGACUAAUAUGGGUAGAAAAUGCAAGCAUCGAGCUCAGCAUGGUUCUACUUUUUGUAAAAAGCACCACCUACAGACAAACUUGGAUGCAAUGCACCCAGAAAAUUUGUUGGAUCCAUCUGAUGUACUCCAUAUGGGCGAAGAACCUCCGAAUAAGUGGGUGGAAGAAAUUUCUAAGUCGCAAGCAAUGUAUAGCAUAGACUUGGAAAAAGACAAGAAUGUCCAGGCUGCUGUACAAGUGAAAUUGAUGACAACUGUGGCUAUAGAGAACUCUUGUGAAAAAGGUGCAAUGGAGAAAAUUGAUGUGUGUGCGGCGUCAACUUCCAUGACAAAUACUGAUGAUACUUCUCUUUGUAUUGGAAUUCACUCUCAUGAAAGUAUUGUUGAAUGCCAGGAUUAUGCCAAGCGACAUACUCUUUAUUGUGAGAAGCACCUUCCAAAGUUCCUUAAACGUGCCAGGAAUGGGAAGAGUCGACUCGUUUCUAAAGAUGUCUUUGUCAAUCUACUGAAGGGCUGCACAUCAAGAAAAGAUAAGAUAUGUCUACACCAGGCAUGUGAAUUUCUUUAUUGGUUCUUGAGGAACAACCUUUCGCAUCAACGCACCGGUCUUGCUAGUGAACAUAUGCCCCAGAUAGUGGCUGAAGUGUCCAAAAAUCCAGAUGUUGGAGAGUUUUUGUUAAAGUUGAUAUCUACUGAGAGAGAGAAACUAGCAAAUAUCUGGGGCUUUGAUACAAAUAGAUCUAAGCAAAUAUAUUCUGAAAACAAAGAAGGAUCUGUAGUGUUGCAGGAAGAGGGAACUAAUCUUUCAUCUGGUCCGAAGUGCAAAAUUUGUGCUCACCAGUUCUCUGAUGAUCAAGCUCUUGGAUUACAUUGGACAACUGUCCACAAAAAGGAAGCCCGGUGGCUGUUUAGAGGUUAUUCUUGUGCUGCAUGCAUGGAAUCAUUUACCAACAAAAAAGUCCUUGAAAGGCAUGUGCAGGAUGUACAUGGGGCUCAAUACCUCCAGUAUUCAAUUCUCAUUCGAUGUAUGUUAUGUAACAGCAAUUUUUUGACCACAGAUCUGCUAUACCCUCACAUUAUUUCCGACCAUGCCCAACAAAUCAGGCUUCUUGAUGUCCCUCAGCGACCAAAUGGUCAAUCUGCUCAACAAACAGAAGGGACAAGUGGUCUGCCCCUUUAUGAUAGCCACAACGUUGAGGAUGACGAUGGCUCACAGAAGUUCAUCUGCAGAUUAUGUGGGCUCAAAUUUGAUCUUCUGCCAGAUCUUGGCCGCCACCAUAAAGUCGCUCAUGUGGACUCAGGUGCUGUUGGCCACAUUCCACUGGGCCGUGGGAAGUAUCAGCUUAACCGCGGCCGGCACUACUAUUCUGCUUUCAAGAAAAGUUUACGGCCAACAAGUACAUUAAAGAAGAGGAGUAACUCUGGAAUCGAUAAAAACUUAAAGUUUCAGAGCUCUGGCCUAACAUCUCAAGUAGUUGAACCUGAAACAUCCAGCCUUGGUAAGUUACAGGAUUUCCAAUGCUCAGAUGUUGCACAAACUUUAUUUUCCAAGAUUCAAAAGACAAGACCCCAUCCAAGCAACAUUGAUAUUUUAUCGGUUGCCCGUUCUGUAUGCUGUAAGACAAGUCUUCUUGCUGCAUUGGAAGUUAAAUACGGAUCUUUACCUGAGAACAUAUUUGUGAAAGCCGCAAAGCUUUGCAGUGACAAUGGCAUCCAAAUUGAUUGGCAUCAAGAGGAAUUCAUAUGCCCUAAAGGUUGCAAGUCUAGAUAUAAUUCAAAUGCUCUGCUUCCUAUGCAACUCACGGCAGUUGAUUUUCCUGAUUUUCCUGAAGCUCCUUCAGUUGAUCCUCUUAAUGAUGAUGAAAUGUGGGGAAUGGAAGAAUACCAUUAUGUUCUUGAUUCAAAGCACUUUGGAUGGAAGCCUAAAAAUGAGAGAGUUGUUCUUUGUGAAGACAUAAGCUUUGGCAGGGAGAAAGUUCCAAUUGUCUGUGUCAUUGACGCGGAUGCAAAAGAUUCUUUAGGUAUGAAGCCUGACGAACUUUUGCCACGUGGCAGUUCUGUGCCUUGGCAAGGUUUCCACUAUAUCACAAAGCGUUUGAUGGAUUCAUCUCUUAUUGAUUCAGAGAACUCUUUGCCUGGGUGUGCAUGUUCCCAUCCUGAAUGUUCUCCUGAGAACUGUGGUCACGUGAGUCUGUUUGAUGGUGUCUACGGUAGCCUGGUGGAUAUCAAUGGAACACCAAUGCAUGGCAGAUUUGCAUAUGCUAAAGAUAGUAAAAUUAUUUUACAGGAAGGGUAUCCAAUAUAUGAGUGCAAUUCGUCAUGUACUUGUGACUCAUCCUGCCAGAAUAAAGUAUUGCAGAAAGGGCUGCUUGUUAAGUUGGAACUCUUCAGAACUGAGAAUAAGGGUUGGGCUAUUAGAGCUGCUGAACCUAUUCCACAGGGUACCUUUGUCUGCGAGUGUAUUGGUGAAAUUGUGAAGGCCGACAAGACCAUGGAAAACGCAGAAAGUGUGUCAUCAAAGGGUGGGUGCAGUUACUUGUUUGACAUUGCUUCUCAGAUUGAUAGGGAAAGAGUUCGGACUGUAGGGGCUAUUGAAUACUUGAUUGAUGCCACAAGGUCUGGAAAUGUUUCCCGCUAUAUUAAUCACAGUUGUUCCCCGAAUCUCAGUAUCCGAUUGGUUUUGGUAGAGAGCAAAGAUUGCCAGCUUGCUCACAUUGGCUUGUUUGCUAAUCAAGACAUUGCCGUAGGAGAAGAACUCGCCUAUGAUUACCGACAAAAGCUUGUAGCAGGUGAUGGCUGCCCCUGCCAUUGUGGAGCUACCAAUUGCCGAGGCCGUGUCUAUUGA